AUGGUAAACCAAAGAAAAACCAGAAAUAAUUCAAAUGAUAAUUCUACCCGCAGGACGGGUCCCUGGGAACCAUAUGAAGAUGAAAGGUUGCUAUCGAUUGUAAAAGAGUUGGGAGUUAAACAUUGGAAACUAAUUGGUAUAAAACACGGUUUGAGAGAUGGAAAGCAAUGUCGCGAAAGAUGGCAUAAUCAUCUUAAUCCCAAUUUAAUAUAUGGUCCAUUGACACCUAAAGAAGACGAAUUAAUAUUGUAUUAUUAUUCAGAAAUGGGAACAAAAUGGGCCGUAAUGGGUCAUUUAUUAGGUCGGCCGGCCAAUCUUAUCAAAAAUCGUUAUUAUUCCUCUUUAUGUAAAAAACGUACAAAGUCUUUGGUGAUAUGUGGUGAUGAUGAUAACAUUAAUAAUAUUGAAACAUCAACGAAACGAGUUAAAUUAAAUGACGACGACGACGAUGAUGAUGGUAAUAAUCUUAUUACAGAAGAUACAUCACAAAAACAACAAAAACGGAAAAAACGAAAAUUUAAAAAAAUUCCCUUGAAUCAUCAUCAAUCUACCGCCAUCACCACUGUCAGCACCAACACUACCAAUAAUAGUCAUAAUUUCAUUCUUAGAACACCUAAUAUUAGUGUUAAUUCUAAUUGUUUGUUAAUGCCAAAUGAUCAUCAAUUAGUAACUCCGUUAUUAACCCCUGUAACUUCUCCAAGACCACCUAUCCAUUUUCAUCGUCUUCAUUAUCAUUCUUCAUCAGCAUUAGAACAACUUGCCGAUCUAGCUAUUAAAAAUGCAAGCGAGGAAGAUGGUAAUCAUGAUAAAGAUGAUGUUGAUGCUAAUAAAAAUAGGGUUAAUAUAAUGUCAAUCUCCGCUUUAUUAAAUUGA